CAGCCAGAACGACUUCCGGGGUUCGCAGUUCAACGUGGUAGCAUGCGGGUUUCAGAAGAGGCAGUUAUGCGUAUUGUGCUGCUUGUUUUAACAUGAGACUCCAGUCGUUAGUUUUUGGCGUUUAUUCUGUGGACUUCUCCGUCUGUCGAACAUGUCCGUGAACGCAUCAAAGCACGAACUGAUCCAGCUGAUCCACCGACACCUGAAGGAGCAUGGGUUCUCCUCAGCGGCAGAUGAGCUCCAGAGGCACAGCCCACAGGGGGAGACAAAAGUAUCAGGGUCAUUACUGGACAUCUACAAUUCCUGGCUGAAUGACUCCAAGAAGAAAGUAAAGUCAGACUCAACCAAGCGUUCUAAAUCAAAGGAACGAGGAAAGACUUCGGCUAAAGGCAGUGUGAGCACACCAAAGAAGAAGAAGGAUAAACCUGCAAAGAAGCCAGAAACUCAGAAAAAGGUCAUCUGUUGGAACAAAAAGGAAAAAAGUGAUGGAAAAUCUACGAAAAGUCUCACCAAGGCGAAGAAAUCAAAGGCCCAAACGACAGACAAGACCAGUGGUGGGAAUGAUUCAGACUCUGACAGCAGUUUGGAUGUGGAGAAAUGGAAGAAAAUGCUUCAGCAGAUGACAGACGCCGACAUUGCCAAGAUGGACACCGUCAACGCUCUGGACGCCUCAGCACCUCCACCCAAGAAGACGAGAGUCAGAAAACCCAGAGCUAAGCCUCCAGCAAAAACGGACACUCCCGUUGAACUGAAUAUUGGGACAGUUGAAAAAGAGGAAAAGGGGGAGCAGAAAGCUGUGACGGAGACGCCAACAAAGAAGAGCACGCCCAAGAAGAGCAGGGCAAAGACGAAGGCACCUGUGACCCCCUCUGGCAGCCAGAGCCAAGAGGAAAACCGGAACUCUGUAGAGGACAAACCAGCUACCUCCAUCGUCUCUCCUCAGAACAAAAGAAGAGAAAAUAACGUUGUAACUCCCAGUGAAGAAACAACUGAUGAGACAACAUCUGAGCCCAAGAAAAAGAAGAAGACGAAGAAGAAGAAGGAAAAGGAGGUGAUUGAAGGCAAGGUGGAGGAGAUCGUAAAUGAGAUAGGUGAAGCUGGAAAAGAAGAAAGGAGAAAAAGAAAAAGAAUAUUAAAGUCACUGGGCAAGAGUGUGUUGAGAAACCUGAGGAGGUGAAGGAAAAGGCGAAAGAAACAAAGGGAGAUAGUGAAAGGACUGAAGAAGAUGUGAUGAAGAAAAACAAAAGAGAGAAUGUGAUAGCGAGAACAUUUCAGAGCCUGUAGUACAAGAGAGAAGGCCAAGAAGAAGAAAAAGGAGAAAACUGAUAGUGAGGAAAGUUCAGCCCAACCGCCGAAGAACCGAGUCAAGUCAAGAAGAAGAAGAAAAAGACGCUGUAUAGUGCUGGAAUUUUAGAACCUUUAGAACUGUUCGCUGAAGAAGUAAAAGAAAAUACACCGCAAAAAGCUGAAGAAAGCAAAGAAAACGCAGGGAAGUUACACGAAGAAAAGAAAGCGAAGAAGAAGAAAAAGAGAAAACAGAUGGUGAGGAAAAUUCGGAGCAGGUAGCUGAAGAAGUAAAGAAAAUACAGAGAACAAAGU